AUGCUUUCCCAUGGCUUUGCCCGCAUUCUGGAGAGAGUGGGCCUGGCCAGUUCAUGCACGAGCUGUCCCCAGGUGUGCAAAUCAGCACACGAGGAGGUCGUUGAGGCCUUAGAGAGCAGCACGAUCGUCGAGAUCACCCCGGUCAUUCCCCAGAAGGAGUCGGCUACGGGCAAAUUCUACGGCCGGUCGGUGCUGAAGAGACUACAGGGCUGCUGGUUCCGACAGGAUGGCGAGAUGAUCGCGCAGAUCAUUGACUCGCUGGUCAUUUUCAGCAACAACUCUGUGGCGGUUCU